GGAGCUCUCCUGAGUGGCUGUGGGCAGCCCAUUGCCUGCGCUUGGUCUCCGCCCUCCCCCGUGCUAGCUCUCUCAGCUGGUCCUAGCGUUCCAGUUGCUCAGGAAUGUGGCGAGCCAGGUUCCGGCUGCUAGCAGGAGCCGGAGGGAGGAAGGAAAGCUGAGCGCAUGCUGCCGCUGCCUCCUCUGCUCUGCCUGAUCUUCCCCUUUUGAAUCCGUCUUUUUCUUUAAAUGAAAAAUACAAACCCUACCGAGAGCUGGUUCCCAGCCACCACCAGAAAAUGUUCGGCCAAGUGCCCGGUGCUGGUGAAUAACUAACCCCGGACUAAAACUUCCCUGCAAGUGGGAUUACAGGUGCUACGCUGCCGCAGGGAGCUCUCCAGGGUGCUGAAAUCCCGGCAGUUUCUCCAACAGAUCCCAAGACUGACCAAAUUUCCUUGGCACUCUUUCUGGAUCCUCCAUGAUUCGGAAACGUCUGCUCUGGAGGUUGUGAAUGCCUCGUAGUAACAUGGCCAAGGUUACAUACCUUCGUGCAGCUGUUUCGGGAUUUUAUCUCUGGGAAGCUGCAGUUCUGCUCAGUUUGGUAGUCACAAAGGAAACGGACAGUGCAAGAUCUCGUAGCAUGCCAAUGUCGCCAUCUGAUUUCCUGGAUAAAUUAAUGGGUAGGAUGUCAGGCUAUGAUGCAAGAAUCAGACCAAAUUUCAAAGGCCCUCCAGUUAAUGUUACAUGUAACAUAUUUAUAAACAGCUUUGGAUCCAUUGCAGAGACAACCAUGGAUUACCGAGUGAAUAUCUUUCUCCGUCAGAAUUGGAAUGAUCCACGCCUUGCAUAUAGCGAAUAUCCAGAUGACUCUUUGGAUUUAGAUCCAUCCAUGUUAGAUUCUAUUUGGAAACCUGAUUUGUUCUUUGCUAAUGAAAAAGGUGCCAACUUUCAUGAAGUUACGACAGACAACAAGUUGUUACGAAUUUUCAAAAAUGGAAAUGUUCUUUAUUCUAUCAGAUUGACUUUAAUACUGUCCUGUCCAAUGGAUCUCAAAAACUUCCCAAUGGAUGUGCAAACAUGCAUAAUGCAGCUGGAAAGUUUUGGAUAUACAAUGAAUGAUCUCAUUUUUGAAUGGCAAGAAAAGGGAGCUGUACAGGUAGCAGAAGGGCUCACUCUGCCACAGUUUCUGUUGAAAGAAGAGAAAGAUUUAUGUUAUUGCACCAAACAUUACAAUACAGGAAAGUUUACAUGCAUUGAAGUUCGAUUCCACCUUGAAAGACAAAUGGGUUAUUAUCUCAUUCAAAUGUACAUACCGAGUCUCCUGAUUGUCAUUCUCUCCUGGGUAUCGUUUUGGAUCAAUAUGGAUGCAGCACCAGCCAGAGUGGCUUUAGGUAUAACAACUGUGCUGACCAUGACAACACAAAGCUCAGGUUCGCGAGCAUCACUUCCAAAGGUUUCAUAUGUCAAAGCUAUCGACAUUUGGAUGGCGGUAUGCCUGCUCUUUGUAUUUUCUGCACUUCUGGAGUAUGCAGCUGUAAAUUUUGUGUCAAGACAGCAUAAAGAGCUUCUUAGAUUCCGCCGGAAGAGGAAGAAGAACAAGGUAGAAGCUUUUGCAAUAUUAACUUACUUUCUUUUCUUGCAACAGGACGAUGAGGUAAGGGAAAGUCGAUUCAGUUUUACAGCCUAUGGAAUGGGACCAUGUCUACAAGCAAAAGACAGAGUUACUCCAAAGGGGCCAAAUAAUCCCAUCCAAGCUGCACCAAAAAGCUUCGAUGAAAUGAGGAAGGUAUUCAUUGACCGAGCCAAGAAAAUUGAUACCAUUUCCAGAGCUUGCUUCCCAUUAGCCUUUCUGAUUUUCAACAUUUUUUAUUGGGUUAUCUAUAAAAUCAUUAGGCAUGAGGACAUUCACCAACAACAAGAUUAAGGCUUGUAGUACAAACUAUUGGGGUUGGCAUGUUCAGCAAGAGGUUUUCCGUUACAAAUGUGCAUACAGAUUACUGGGAUAGUUAAAAGGCACAAAGAAAAAGAUCCCAUUUGACUUGCUAUGCAGAGUCACUAUUGGAUAGAUGAAGAAUGACACCCAGUGAAGAUAUAUCUACUAUUACUAAGUUUGUACUUCAUACUAACUAAACAAUCAACUUUUUCAUAGUAAAAAUCACAACACUAUACUACAGCUUUACUGCCAACGUGUUUAUACAUACUUUUACAUUGUGGUACAAUUGUACAGUAUUCUUUAAAGUUCCUUACAAUUUUUUAAUUCAACUAUAUUUUUAAAAAAAUAUUACAAAAUGAGUCUAAUGUCUUAGAUGACUACCAGAGUAACAGAUUAAAGGAUGGUCAGAAAUUUGAAUAUAAAGUUUACAAAAUUAGUAAUGAAUUACUGAUUUGAGUUUUAGAGCUCAAACACAUUUUCUUGUUUUAAUGACAAUGGGUUUUAUCAUGAGCACAGGACACAUUAUAUUAUAGGGUUCUUUUUUUAAAAAAAAAGAAGAAAAACAAAUUUACUCAUACAAAGCACUUCAUAAAUUGAUUAUGGUUCCCCUGGAGCUUAAACAACAUGGCAAUGCAAUGCGCAAAGUAGCACCAAAUAUCUAUUGCCCAGUCUGAAGCGACCCACUGGUCAAACUUUCUGGUACUGUGCAUAUCACAAUGGGAACAAGGUACUGUUUAAAGGAUUGUUGCCCUUAUGUACUUUUAAUUACUCAAUCACCCUUGGGUAAAUUGAAAGAGAAAAUUUAAAAAAAGCCAAAAGGAUUAAAAGAUAUUUCUCAUAUCAGGAAAAUGUUCAGAAACUACAGUAUUUGCGGAGACAAGCCAGAUUAUUAAAAAUGACAUCAAAAUAAGUUUGUGAAAAGUGACAUUAAAAACAAAACAAAAGGGAUAAGUCACUUAGACUAUACCUAUGAUAAAAGUAACUUUUAUGAACUUUUUUGAAGCUGACUAUGGCAACAUUUCUGCACAGAUACUUCCAUUAUCAUCAGUGAAAGUUUAAUAUACAAGUACCUAAAGAUAACCAGGUCAGUCUUUUCUUAAUUUGAAUGAUUUGUUCAAUGAGAAGAUUCUGACAUGACUUCUUAGACACUGGCAGAAAAUAGUCUGUAUCUUAGAAAACACUAAGCAGUUCUUCUAAAAAUGUAUCAGGACAAUCUUUUAUUUUUACUGCACAUCAUGGUAAAAGAUAGGAUAAGAAAUUGAAACUGUUGGAGCAAAUUUUCGCUACUUAGAAUUAGAUAGAUUACAUUAAUGGUUUCUUUCAAAUUAUUACAGAAUAGAUCUUAUAUCAUUUAAAAAAUAUAGACUUCCAGUAAAUAAUGUUGCCACUUCUCUAAUGAAAAGCAAAAAAAAAAAAAAAGUUCUAAAAUGUGGAAACCUAUAGACAGCUACAGGCAAGAGCAUACCUGAUGCUUUGAACUUGUAAUGGAAUCCAAUAGCUAAGACAAAUUAUUGAAAAGUUUGUUUUGAGCACAUUUAAAAUUUUCAGUUUGUUAUAGCUCAAAGUGCAUACACAAAAGCAAAACAACUGGAGGCAAACAUCUGCUGCAUUACUAGAAGCAUAUUGCAUAUGAACUAGUCAUAGCAACAUAUCCUUGCAUGGAAGAUUAGAACACAACAUUGGUUUUGUUUGAGGAUUAGCUAGGGGGAUUUUUAAAAGAAUGGCAAUCUGGUUGUUCUAAAUUGUCUCAAAACAAUUGCAUAACCCUUUUUAAUUUUGAAUAUGGUCCUAUUUAGGUUUUCUCCCUCCCAACCCCAUUAAUGCAUAAAAUAGAUUUAGAGCAAUUGUUUUGGGAUAUGUGUUAUAAUUUUCACAAAUAUAUUUAUAUAUCCUGUCCAGAAGAACUGAACUCAUUAAUUCUCAUGUGUGCCUGUGUGUGUGUAUUAUAUACACAAGAGUGAGAAGCUGGCGAAGUGGCUUUUGUCUCCUGUAAACUAUUAAAUACUAUAAUCUCUGGAAAGAUUUGUUGGUGCAUUUCUGUGCCCAUUGUAUUCAGUGGUAAAGUGUCCCAUUUAUUUCAAGAGUAGGAUUGGGCCCAUUAUCAUGAGGCAUUCAUAAAAUGUUAUACAAAUCUCCAUGCUUGUCUUUUGUUCUUUUCUCUUUCCUAUUUAAAACAAUGAUCUUCCCCUCCAACACCAAUAAAAGAAAUCUGGAUGAAUCAGUAUAUAAAGUGUACUGGGCCAGAUCCUGAGCUGGAAUAAAUACAGUCCCUAGAACUACACCAGUUUACACCAGCUGAGGAACUCCCAGACUUUCCAAAGUCCAAUAGGCUGAAUAUUAUACAUACACAAGCUGGUUUUGAAAACACUUGAACAGAACUGAAUAACACAAUUACAAAGUUAAACAUUCAAUAGUGAGAGAAUACUAAGAUUUAGAAAAGAUUAUCAGAUGGAAAAAAAAGACAAAAAGUCUUGAGAGCAAGAUAGAAAAUGGAAUAGGCACUAACAGUGACUAAAUUGUGUGGUGGGACAGAGAAAAGUAGAGAAGAGCCAGAUAAGAUCAAUAAUUAUCCAUGAACGCCCUCCUCCUCCCUUGAGUGACAGAAGGGGAAAGAAGGGGAGAGGAAUGAAUGUAGCAUACUAUUUCUGCAACUACUGUAUGGUAAUCAAAUUAGCAACUACAGUAUAUACAUUGUAAACCCAUAAACCUUCCAUAUGAUUGCUUUUCAGACAUCCCUAAUGGAUUAAAAUGAUGUGCAUUUACUGUGACAACAGGCAGUGUAUUACAUUGAUACUAAUGGGAGCCAUGUAUUGAAGGGAGUAUAUACUCCUGUAGGGGAUUGCAAAGUAUUUCUAAAUGUACAUAUUUAUAGUUCUGUAUGUUCUUUAAGAAAUAAGAGAAAUCAGUUAUUGGAUUAUUUCUGGAAUGUCUUUGCUUUAGUAACAGUACUAAGAACAGAAAUGGUUGAGACAGAAGGGACAAGCUACAGUGAUUUAUUUUGUAACUACUAAACAAUCAUCUAACAAGUUGUGAUUUUUUUUUCCCUUUUAGUUAACUACUUGGAGUGUAGUCUUGCCCCACUGAAGUCAAUGGGGUCAAGAUUUCUCCCCCAGAAGGCAACUUCACAUUUUUAUGAGAUCUUUAUGGUAACAAUUGUCUAUGUAACAAAGGCCUUUUCAAUCAGCUAAGAAACAUAGCUAAGAAACAUUUAUUUCAGCAAAAAGCACUGUAGCCAGUCAGCAAUUUGCAGCUUAAAAAUUUUAUUCAAAGUAUUCGUAUUCCACUGAAUAUAAAAAGAAAAUAAUCAUAAGAUGACAGAAUUGUCAAGUAAGAUUUUAAGUUGCUUCAUGUCACAAAAUACCAGCUACCCAUUAGUGCCUAUGGAAAAAGAGUCCAAAAUACCAGCAGGCAUGCCAACCAACCACACAAAUCCAGGAAUGAUCUCUCAGAGCCAGAGGCUUAUCUGCUAGGAAGAUCUUAGUCUUAAAACAGAUUAUAUGGUAUAAAAAUAAUGCCAGGCUGGACUAUAUAGAAGGGGUGACAAAACAGCACAGCACACCUACCCUACACUCAUGUUAGGCAAACCAACCUUGGAAGAAACUGUAAAUAUUAAGGAAGAGAUUGGGAUAUUUAUGCCACAGGUGUGCAUAGGGGGCAAUACAAAGUCAGAGGAAGAAAAGUGAGGAGGUUCCUGCUGAGUUCUAACAAUCUGUUUUCCUAUGCACAAAAAUGUUCAUGAUUUCAAAAUUAUGUUCCGAUUUGGGAUAGGAAAAAGUUGAAUAUUGAAGAGUGUUCAAGAACCAAAAAUCCCCCCAGUAAAAUAAAUUAAAAAAAAAUCAGUUCAGGUCAGCUGAAAUAUUUUGAUGAUUUCAAGAAGUUUUGACCAUUUAAAAACUAUAAUUAGCUGAACGAGAAAAAGGUCAUUUCAAAUGGUAACACUGGAAUUUUUCCUUUCUAAAAGUUUAAAUGUUUCAUUUUGAUAUAUUUCAAGAAAAAAAUUCUGAUUUUUUUCAAGUUGAGAAACUGACCCUUUCCCAUGAAAAGUUUAGGCUUUGAUGAAUCAGCACUUUCAGGCCAAAAAAAAGUUUCAAUUUUUCAAUUCUUCAACCAGCCCUACUUGUUAUGCCUCAGGCAAAGCUUCUCCUUGCCCCAGAGAUGUUAAUCUGCUGCCUCCAAUGCACUGGCCGUAGUGUCCCUGUGCCCUCCAGAGUGCCGGGACUGCUAACGUAAGAGGCCAUUGGUUAACAACUCAAGGAGGGCAGAUUUCUUGCCCAUGUAAAGCCCUGUGUCUUCCAUACUGUUUGCAAGUCAGCUUGUGUACUCCUGCUUUCUGUGGUUGUGCCAUGUAACUUAAAAAGUUAGAGGACCAAAGUAGUGCAUUGAGACUAGAGAAAUAAUUUGGGGCCCAUACUAGUUACACAGGUACAAAGAAAUCCAUUUUCAUAGAACUGGUGCAGGCAUAAUGGAAAAGGAAGCUGUGAUCAUGUGGCAUGCUCCUCGUGUUCCACAGUACCACAGGAUCUCCUCCAUGCAUUUGGAGUGCAAUGUGUCUGGGGCAAACUGCUGAGCUUAGAAUAGGUGCUGUACACUACAGUCACCUUUUAAAUGGCUGAUUCCCAUGAGGAAGUAAAAGAGUUUAUGCUGUUUGGACCAGCACUAACUCCCCUUCCAUGCCUUCUUCCUCCCCCAGAGGAAGGAGGAUAAGGCAGAAGUGAAGGAAUAGGAGCCUAUGGCUGCAUGGUUCCAGAGCACUAAGCCAAAGGUUGGGGAAGGACAGAAAGCAAUGUGGCAGAAGUACCUUGCUCCUUAGGUGGUUGCCCCAAGAUGCACAAUCUUGGAAUCUGCUUUCUUCAGGGGGUUGAAGACUGGAGUUUCCAGACCAUACCACCUGUUAAAACACUCCAUUCUUGAGAGAAAACAAGAAGAAGUGCCAUGAGAACUGUGUAUCAUAUUGUAUUCAAAUAGCUACAGGCCUCCUCAUUUUUUAGCAGCUAACUCAUAGUUAAGAUGCUAAUUGAAUCAAGAUGAUCUUCAAAAUAAUUGCCACUGAGUUGCGGACAAGAUGUGAAAAAGUAGUAAUGGACCUCUAUGAAUACUGGUAAUUUGGAAAAGCCAUAUUAGACCUAUUUAAAAAAACAUUGCUGGAACAAUAUAAAAAACAUUCAAGUAUUAUAUUAUGACAGCUGUUUUUUAAAAUAUACAACCAGACAUUUUUCUGUAACUAUAUUACAUUCAUUUAAAAAGUGACCGGUACAAUAUAAAAUUCAGAAGACUAAAAGUCUUACAACUGCUGUAGAAAUCAAGUCCAGUCACUUUAGCCUUUUACAGGCACUGAAUGUUAGUGCAGUGCUAGUUACAUACUCAAAAUGUAUACAAAAUUGUGGACUGCAAAGUAAGCGAAUUAAAAUCAAAAUUGCGGUGAAAGCCUAGUAUUGCAGGAUCUGCCAUAUCGCAAAGGAUGUGGGGCCUUACUAAGUUAAAUUCCUCAGUGUAGGGGCUUAGAAUAUGGUUAAAUGCCACACCUUGGCACAAAUGAAACCUAAACAAAACAAACCUCAUGUUGAGUUACUUCCAAUAAGAAAACAUUAGUGUUCAUUGUUUCCUGAUGUUUCUAAGAUGAUGGGGGCAAAAAUAAAAUAUAGUCCUUUUUAUUUAUAAAAGUUACCUAUUCAAAGACAUAUUUAAACUAACUCAUUGCUUUCACCAUAUUGUAGCUUCAAGAAACCUUGACAGCAGGCACGAGUUUUUUAAACGGAUUGGUGGAAGUCACAAACAAAUUGAGAUUCCCCCCCCUUUUGUCCUAGAUCAGCUGUAUAUAGUCUCUCUGAAUUCUCUGACGUGUUUGCCCUCUCUUAGCUCUCUGCUGCUCUCUUUGGUAAUUUGUGAAGCACUUUUCUUAUAGGCUGCUUUAUGAAAAGUCCAGUUUAAAACCCUAGAUAUGCUUCUGUUUAAGCAAUUCAGAUAUGCACUUUAGACUGCAGGAAUGAAGAAAUGCUUCCAUUUUGUACCACGGUAAAUUCCAGAACUACCAUUAGGUAAUAUAGUUGAAACCAAGAUUCAGAGUAAAAACUCAUACACAGUUUAGAACUGCUAAAGAUAAAAAGUCUUCUUUAACCCUAGAAGGAUUCAAGUGUAUUCUUUCUAGCAAUAAUUUUGUAUUAGAUGAAAAUGAGUUCAUAUGAUAACCAAGCCCAAAUAAACUUGUUGGAUGCAAGAAAGUGGUGCACUUAAUUUUAUAUUUAGCAUUUAUUGUCCCUUUAUGUGUAAAUUCUGCUCUCAUGUAGACUAUUGUAGGAGUUAAUCUGAUCUAACAGAGCAGAAUUUGGCCUUAGACCUCUAAACCGCUGAUCUAAUGAAUUCUUACAAUACCCCUAUAAAUUAGCAAAGUAUUUUUAUCUACAAGAUGGUACAUGAUUAUUUAUAAGACAAUUAUGUCAGACAAGCGUAAUUUUUUUUAAAAGGCUAACAUGAAAAUUUAAAAAAAAAUCACAAAUUAAACUGCUUGUUAGCAAGAAGUAGAUUUUUCUUUUUGCAAUGGUUAUAGAAAUGGUGCUUUCA